AUGGCACUUGUCUGUUUCAAAAACGGAUCGCUAACGCGAGAACGAGUGCGUAAACGACUUGGUUAUAGAUGGGACGACUUUGGUACACUUCUCGAGCAAACUCCAGUCGGUAAUGAUGGAAAUAUAGGCAAAAAGAGUGAUGAUCGAGUAUUUUUAGGUCUGUACUUCGAUGAGGACGAAAUUGCUCCAAGAGUCAAGAGAGGCGACUUUAGGUAUCAAAAGGAUGGCAAUAGCUACUCUAUGGUGGAAGAAUUUGCACCA